CUGUCUUUUAUAAAGUUUAAGGGUAAACUCCAGAAAAUUUGGUCGUGCACAAGAUUUCUAUUGGAUAGUAGCACCCCAAAGUUGACCCCAGAAUCAACAAUUUAUGGCCAACGUUUCCUUAUUAUAAAAGGAACGCAUUCAAAGUUUUUUCCAAGACUCUCUUGUAUAGAUAUAUCCUCAUUCAUCUGCUUUCUAUCUCUCUUCUUUUCUACGUAUAUUAAUCAGUAUCGCUCUUCAUUAGGAUUAGAAUACCUGCUUCCAUUUUUCUCUGUUAAAUCAACUUUUAUCAAAACAAACAGCAAAAAGUCGCUGAAUUGAUAUAUAAAUAUACCAUAGCAUCAUGUCAAACGUAGCUACGAUCACAGCAACCAUGGAACGCACAAAAACAGAGUCAAUGAAGCCUCCUCUUCCUAAAACGAAGAUGCCUCCUCUUUUCGACGAGCCAGUCACUUCAAAGAAUUGGACCAAAUUUGUUAAUUGGCCGCAAUCUAUUUUACUGCUUGCUACCCCACUUAUUGCCCUCUAUGGUCUCUUCACAGUCGAACUCAGUCGAAAGACACUCAUUUGGGCAAUCACCUACUACUUCAUCACAGGCCUUGGCAUUACCGCCGGCUAUCAUCGUAUGUGGGCGCAUCGCGCUUAUCGAGGCACUAAUUUAUUGCGUUGGCUUUUAUGCUUUGCUGGUGCGGGUGCUGUGGAAGGUUCUGUUUACUGGUGGUCAAGAGGCCAUCGUGCUCAUCACCGUUGGACCGAUACUGACAAAGACCCCUAUAGUGCUCAUCGCGGCUUCUUCUUUUCCCAUUUUGGCUGGAUGCUUGUUCAACGACCUAAGAACCGCAUUGGCUAUGCUGAUGUGGCUGACUUGAAGGCGGAUCAUGUUGUUGCUUUCCAACACAAGUACUAUCCUUAUUUUGCUCUCUUCAUGGGCUUCAUUUUCCCUACUCUUGUCGCAGGUUUUGGUUGGGGUGAUUUCAAAGGUGGUUACUUUUACGCCGGUGUCCUCCGUCUUGUGUUUGUUCAUCAUGCCACCUUCUGCGUGAACAGCUUGGCACACUACUUGGGUGAGACAACGUUCGAUGACCAUAACACUCCUCGUGACCAUUGGAUCACUGCUCUCUGUACGUUGGGUGAAGGCUAUCACAACUUCCAUCAUCAAUUUCCUCAAGAUUAUCGCAAUGCUAUCAAGCUUGGUCAAUAUGAUCCGACCAAAUGGCUUAUUAUUGUCCUCUCUUGGUUCGGUCUUGCCUACGAUUUAAAGCAAUUCCCUACCAACGAAGUAACGAAGGGCCGUCUUUUCAUGGAAGAAAAGCGUAUUGCUGCUCAAAAGGCAAAGCUCAGCUAUGGUACACCUCUUAAGGACUUGCCUAUUUAUACUUGGGAAGAAUUUCAAAACCUCGUCGUGAAUGAGAACAAAAAGUGGAUCUUGAUUGAAGGCGUGCUCUACGACGUGUCGGAAUUUAUGAAAGAGCAUCCCGGCGGUAUGAAGUACAUCUCUACCGCUGUCGGCAAGGAUAUGACAACUGCAUUCAACGGUGGUAUUUACAAUCAUUCGAAUGGUGCUCGUAACCUUUUGACAUCAUUACGUGUGGGUGUGCUUCGUAACGGCAUGCAGGUUAUGUCAGAAGCAGAUGCUCUUGCUUCCACAUACGAUGGUUCUCUCGAAUUUGAUGCGAAAGCUGCAGAAUUCAACAAGAAGAAGUAGUUUGUUACAACACUCUCAUUUACUAUUUUUCCACAAUUUUGACAUAGCAUUUUCUUUAUAUAUAUACACACACACACACACACACACACUAUUAAAAAACAACGUAAGCGCAUCAUCCUCAUUCCCCUCUCUAUUUAUUGUUCACA